UCACAGCUGUAUAGCACACAAGGAAACAACUGCAGCAGUGAAUUCAUCUCUUCACUCUCCUGAUCCAGAUCUGUUAUGAGCAUGAAACAUAUUGCUGGGCUGUCUGUCAUUGUCUUGCUGGCAAUACUACAUUGUGUUGCAGGUUUAAGUCUGGAACCCAGAUUACCAGGUGGAAGAUGCAAAUGUUUCAAACAGACAUAUCAGUUCAUAAAACCCAACAAGCUGACACGGGUUGAAUUUUUCCCUCCAGGACGCAGUUGUCCCCAAUUGGAAUGUUUAGUAACCCUGAAGAAUGGUGAUAUUGUGUGUGUCAAUCCGAAAGCUGGAUGGCUGCAACGCCUCAUUGCCUAUUUAAAAGAGAAAAAUGGAGGAAAAAGAGGUGUGUCAGUGGCAAAUAGUACAUCAAUAUGAAUCAAGUUCUGGACAAAACCAUCAAGACCAAUGUAUUUUAUUUAACUCUUUCAUAUACACAGCAAACUGAAUUGUUACAUUCCAAAAACAGUAUGUUAUCAAUAUAUAUCAAUACAAAACAUGCUGAGUGCAAUAUUUAUACAUUGUGUUAAUUCAAUUAAAAAGAUAAUGUGAAUAUGUGA